AUGGAUCAGUUUUACUUGAAAAAUGCAGCGCUUUAUCAGACUUACGUCGACAAAGUCGAUCCAACCGAGCCUCAACUUCACUUUUCGAAUUUGCCGCCUCAGGCACCAAAGACCGUCACAGACAACGAUAAUCCCAACAUGGCCAUCAGCGUUCGCAUCCGCCCAAUGCUGCAAGACGACAUUACUUCAGGCUUUCCUUGUGCUGUAUACCCUCGUCCUCACGAUCCGACAGCCGCACACCAAACCAUAGAUCUCCAUGAUCUCUACAACCAUCCACGAAGACCUCGUCCUGUUCUGAGGUCCUCGACGCAUAAGCUUCAGACUGUGUUCGAUGCCAGCGCGAGCACAACGCAGGUCUAUGAUGAGGUUGUGCGUGACUUGGUGCUAUCUGCUGUAGAUGGCAAGCUAGGAACUCUCUUUGCAUACGGGCAGACUAGCUCUGGCAAGACCUUCACCGUCACAGAGUUGCAAAAACUCGCCGUUGCAGACUUGUUGGACCGUCAGACUGAGUUACAUGUCACUAUCAUUGAACUGGCAGGCAAUGUAGCCUUCGACCUUCUCAACCAACGCGAGAAGAUCGCUGUCCGCGAAGAUGCAUCUGGAACCACGCAACUUGUUGGCGCCAUCGAGCAUCAAGUUGCCGACAAAGAGCAAGCUUUUGACUUGCUAGAGAAAGCAAUGUCCUUCCGCCGUGCUGCACCAACCCUCAAGAACCCCGCCUCCUCACGCUCCCACUGUAUUUGCCGCAUCAAAGUCACCUCGCCUGGCUCGCCAACACCAGGUUUCCUCUACAUGGUUGACCUCGCCGGCUCCGAGAUCGCCCGCGACGUAACCGCCCACGGACCCGAAUUAAUGCGCGAGACGCGUGAAAACAACGUCAGCCUCUCAGUCCUCAAAGACUGCAUUCGGCAAAGAGCACUGGCAGCAACGAGCAAGAAGAAAGUGCAUGUGCCGGUAAGAGGCAGCACAUUGACAAAGAUCUUGAAGCAUGUGUUUGAUGUCGAGGGAGGCUCAGACUGCAGGACUGUGGUUAUCGCGUGUGUGAACCCGAGCCUGGCGGACGUUGCGUCGUCGAAGAAUACGCUUAGGUACGCCGAGUUGCUGGGGAAGAUAGAUUGA